AUGAGCAACGCACUGGGUACUGGGGACAGUGGACGCUCCCCAACUGACCGGUUCCCACGAUCGGAUGCCCGAUGGACGUCCAAGAGACGGCAGGGGUUGCGACAUGUGGAGUCUGUCCGUCUGCCGAACAACAGGAAAGUACCCCCAGGUCGACCUUGGGAAGGGGUAACGUGCCUGCUGUUAGCAGGCGUUGCCUGGGCUAAGCCUCAGUACUCCUUCGCCUUUGCCCCAGCGGCUGUAUAUGGAGAGCCUGGAAAGGUAGUUGCUGAAUUUGCGCCGCCUCCACCCCCGCCACCUCCGCCACCUCCGCCGCCACCACCACCACCUCCACCUCCGCCUCCAGAGGCGCCGUAUGCACCUCCACCACAACCGGAGUACGCUCCACCACCACCACCGCCGCCACCACCACCUCCACCACCACCACCUCCGCCUCCAGAGGCGCCGUAUGCACCUCCACCACAACCAGAGUAUGCUCCGCCACCUCCACCACCACCACCUCCUCCUCCACCACCUGUAUAUUAUGCCCCACCACCUGCACCUUAUGCUCCACCGCCAGCUCCAUAUGCACCACCCCCACAACCAGAAUAUGCCCCUCCCCCACCACCACCGCCACCUCCACCACCACCUCCUCCUCCACCCCCACCACCACCACCACCUGCACCUUAUGCUCCUCCUGUAGCUCCAUAUGCACCACCCCCACAACCAGAAUAUGCCCCUCCCCCACCACCACCACCGCCGCCGCCACCACCACCACCACCUCCUCCACCAGCUCCGUACGCCCCACCUGCUCCAUAUGCUCCACCUCCACCCCCAGCUUAUGCUCCACCACCACCACCACCUCCUCCUCCUCCACCACCACCACCUCCACCACCACCGGCACCUUAUGCUCCACCACCUGUAUUUUAUGCUCCACCACCAGCUCCAUAUGCACCACCCCCACAACCAGAAUACGCCCCUCCCCCACCACCACCGCCACCUCCACCACCACCUCCUCCUCCACCCCCACCACCACCACCACCUGCUCCAUAUGCUCCACCACCAGCUCCAUAUGCACCACCCCCGCAACCAGAAUAUGCCCCUCCCCCACCGCCACCCCCGGUCACGAAAACUCAAGAACCGUUGCACUAA